AAAAUAUCUUUAAUAAUCUCCACCUGCAGACUCAUCUGGUGCGCUUUGCUCAUCACCAGCGUGGGUUUGUCCUUCUUCUUUUACCUUCUUCUCUCCGAGCGUUUUGUGUCCCAGAAACAACAGACAGUGGUUCAUGAUCCCCAGUACCCGGUUUUUCUGGUCCAGUUUCCAGCCGUGGGCAUUUGCACGGACAAUCGCAUCGAUUGGAGCAAACUGGAGGCGGCCAAGAAGCAGUUUCUGCCUUCAAAUCCCAGUGAGGAACUCGUUGAUAGUUUUACAGUUUUGGUUUCUCGACUAGAGACCUUACGUUUUGGCGAUUAUCUGGCGAAUUUGUCGGACCUGGAGGAUGAUAAUCUGGAGAUUGUGCGAUUUUUGAAUCUGACUCAAUUAGCCAUCUUUUUAACACUUCAGUGCGAGGACAUUAUGGUGGCUCAAUCUUGCGUUUGGCGCCAUUCCUUCUUCAACUGUUGCGAUUACUUUGUGUUGGAAAAGACAGAGUAUGGAUUUUGUUUGGUUUUCAAUUCUGAGAUUUCUCCACGCUCCAAGGCGAUUAGACAAAGGGAAGGAUUCAAUUUUUACCCUUUUCAUAAUGCCAAGGCUGGUCAGGGAACGGGAUUGAAUUUUGAUCUGAUCAUCAAAGAGAAUUUCAAGCGACCCGAUUCCCAGGCCAACAAUAAUGUUUAUGUAAUGAUAAAAAAGCCCGAUCAGUUGACGAAUGUUAUUUAUUCAAUGACCCAAAACACGGAGACUUACGUAACUGUCCGUCCGGAUAUCACGUAUACGGAUGAGACCACCCGUAGCAUUCCGCCGGAGCGCAGGAAUUGCCUUUUUGCGGACGAGCAGCUUGAGUUGGAGUCACACGAUUCUGCCAAGAAAUAUGGUAAACCCUUUCAGCUGACCAACUGUUUGAACAGAUGCCACGAAUCCUACUUGGUUCAACUCUGCAACUGUUCUCUUCCUAUUUUCUUCUUGCUUAAUUCUAAAAUUAAGGAAUGCGAUGCAACCAGACUGCGGUGCCUGGCUCGUCACAAUGUGCCACAAAACCGGGAAUGACCUGUUCCUGUUUGGUGAACUGCUACCUGGUGGAUUAUUAUAUUGCCACAACCACUAUACCAUUGCCUGCCCAUAGACUCCCCAAAAAUCCAACACUAUCAGGUGGAGACUGUGCCUUUGUAUCGGACCAGUUUGGAAUUAACCAUUAACGAUUUGA